AUGAAUAGACUCUUUGGAACAAAAAGCAAUGCACCCAAGCCAUCGCUCAACGAUGCCGUCAAAAAUAUCGAUGAACGCGUUGGACUGCUAGAUGUCAAAUUAUCGAAAAUCAAUUCGGAGUUGUCCACGUAUCAGCAGAAGAUAAGCCGCAUGAGAGACGGUCCAGGCAAGAACGCAUUGAAGCAGAAAGCAUUGAAACUCUUGAGACAGAGAAAGCAAAUUGAAGCUCAGAAGGACCAGCUCGAGACUCAGCUGUGGAACAUGACCUCGGCAUCCAUGACCACAGAUAACCUCCAGAACACAAUGAUUACUGUGGACGCCAUGAAGACAGCGAACAAGCAGUUGAAGAAAACUUAUGGCAAAAUCGACAUCGACAAGAUUGAACUGUUGCAAGAUGAAAUGUUGGAUCUUAUAGAGAAGUCCAACGAGCUUCAGGAGUCUCUUCUGACAAGCUAUGACGUCCCUGACGACAUUUCCGAGCUGGAGUUGGAUGCCGAGCUUGAUGCUUUGGGAGAGGAGAUGGAUUUCGAAUCGGAAAUGAAUGAGUCAGGUUUGGGCGUGCCUAGCUACUUGAAUGAAGCCGACCCGGCUCCGGACAAGUUGCCUGCGUUCAUUGAUGAGCCGGAAGAAGCUGAAAAGGUUGCGAACUAA